AUGAAUUCAGUGAAAGUUGCUGCCCAUAAGAGUGGUUGUUUGUCCUCUUUGCAUUCUAAAUCACUAUCAUCCCUUCAAUGGAUCUCUCCUCUUCAAUACAUCAAAGCCACAUCCCCAAAACUAGACCCUCCAAACGAUACAACGUCCAUGACAGAGUUGCCAAGGAAACCCAAAUUCAUUUCUCAUGAGGCUACCAUCAACUUGAUAAAACGUGAGAAAGACCUAGAGCAUGCCCUACAACUUUUUAACAAGGUAGCAAGUCAAAAGGGUUUUAAUCACAAUAACUCAACCUAUGCCACUAUUCUGCAUAAGCUUGCUCAAUCCAAGAAAUUUGAGGCCGUAGAUGUUGUUCUUCAUCAAAUGGCACACGAACCUUGCAAGUUUCAUGAAGGUAUUUUCCUUAACCUCAUGAAGCAUUUUUCUAAAGCUUUACUUCAUGAAAGAGUACUUGAGAUGUUCUAUGCAAUCCAAACGAUUGUCCGUGAAAAGCCCUCCCUCAAAGCCAUCAGCACAUGUCUUAAUCUUCUGGUCGAAUCAAAUCAAGUUGAAUUGAUGAGGACAUUUCUCUUAAAUGCCAAGAAGAAUCUCCACUUGAGGCCCAAUACCUGCAUCUAUAACAUCCUCGUUAAACAUCACUGCAACAAGAGGGAUCUGGAUUCCGCAUUUGAAGUGGUGAGAGAGAUGAAAAGGGCUAAAAUUUCUUAUCCUAACUUGAUCACCUACUCAACUUUGAUGGAUGGUCUUUGUGAAAGUGGAAGACUUCAAGAAGCAAUUGAUCUGUUCGAGGACAUGGUCUCAAAAGAUAAAAUAUUGCCUGAUACCUUAACUUACAAUAUUUUGAUCAAUGGGUUUUGCCGCGGAGGGAAACUUGAUCGAGCUGGGAAGAUAAUGGAGUUUAUGAAGAAGAAUGGAUGCAACCCCAAUAAAUUCAAUUACUCAGCCUUAAUGAAUGGCUUCUGUAAGGAGGGAAGAUUGGAGGAGGCAAAGGAGGUUUUUGAUGAGAUGCAGAUUGCCGGUAUUAAACCUGAUACAGUUGGUUAUACCACUUUAAUCAAUUGUUUGUGUAGAGCCAGUAGAGUUGAUGAAGCGAUGGAGUUGCUUAAAGAGAUGAAAGAAAAAAAGUGCAAAGCUGAUACUGUAACACUCAAUGUUAUACUCGGAGGCUUGUGCAGAGAAGGUAGAUUUGAUGAGGCACUUGAAAUGCUUGAGAGGCUACCUCACGAGGGUGUUAGCCUGAACAAAGCAAGUUACAGGAUUGUGUUGAAUUUCUUGUGCAAGGAAGGUGAAUUGGAGAAGGCGACAGAAUUGUUGGGUCUGAUGUUGAGUAGGGGGUUUCUGCCCCAUUUUGCCACCUCAAAUGAGUUAUUGAUUCGUCUUUGUGAGGCUGGAAAGGGAGCCAAUGCAGCUAUGAUAUUGUUUGGAUUACUAGGGAUGGGUUUCAAACCAGAACCUGAUUCAUGGAGUGUUUUAGUUGACUUGAUAUGCAGGGAAAGAAAGCUAUUGCCUGCCUUUAAACUGCUUGAUGAAUUAGUUUGA